UUGAGACAAUUUACUUAUUAAAUUUUUUGUUGUUAAACCGAUGGGAUGUGCAGGCCAAUAGCAGCAGCUCUUGCACCUGUGCUUAUCAUCCAAACAAGGUGUCAUCAAAUUUCCGUGCGACGAGUGUAAAAGCAAACGGAAUCCCGAACGAAACGAAUCACACAAGCUAGCGAGCGAACGAGGCAAAGCAUUGGUGUACAUGCGUGGAGAAAAUUUUUUGCUUAAUUUGGCGUUUAAAGAAAUUCAAGAAAAGGCAAAAAUUUAUUAGAAAUGCCUGCAGCACGGUAACAGUGUAAAAUAAUUGCAUCCAACAACACGAGAGAAUUGUCAAGGAACAGCAACAAUUAAGGCAAUUGGCAAGUUCAAUGCUCGAAUAAUAUAUUUGGUUAUAUUGUCGGGCCUGUGUGCGUACGAGUGUGUGUAUGUGUGUUGCCUCACUGCAUGUGUGUGAAUAAGAAGAUAUUCGCCAAACUUGAUGAAACAGCGUGAAAAUUACAAAGCCAGAGCGGGCCUGCCGCUGCACACAUAAGAUUCUUUGAAAUACGUAUUAUUUUACUUGAUGGUAGCGUGCGUGGACGGGAGUACCGAGUUCGAGUUUAUUCAUAGGAUGUAGUAGUAAUAGUAGGCCGUGUAAACUACUUACAUUCUCAUAUAUCUGGCCACUGAGCGAAAUUGCAGUGAGUCAAGUGUUAGUUGUUGUGAAAUUUUCCGUAUCCGAUUCUGCUCCCGAAUUUCGUGCACCAUUUUCUAAAUUUUCAAUUAAAUACGAUUAAAAGUUAUUAUUUGAUAUAAAGAAAAGUGUAAAAAUCCACAAAAGGCGAAAUAAAUUUGGCAAAGCCAAACAAAAAAUUAACGCAGUCUUUAAACAAGACACUGAAUACAUCAGCAUCGCACACCAACCAUAGGAGAAGUGGCAGAAAGAAAACUUGUUUCAAACAAGCCCAAACACCAGACAUUCAAGAGGUAAUUUUUAAGCACCCAAAGAACAGACCGACGUGCCUCAUACCCAGCCCAAAAAAAAAAAAAGAUAGUCCACUUGGCAUAGUCCGACGUUGCGAGAAUUUGGUCGCAACGUCACCAAAAAAGCAAGACCGUCGUAGUUCAUUGUCCAAGUCGACAGUGACUGGAGACACCAAGAGGUCCCAAACAGAAUGGAUGAGGAUGACAACCUUUCAAAUGCCGAUAUAAGUAUCGAUGACGACGACGAUGAUGAAUUCGAAGGUGAUCAUCAUGUGGCAACAAACGAUAUGUUCGCCAUGGAUGACAUUGCAGAGGAUAAUGAUGAAUCCGAUGUGGACUUGCAUAGAUUAUCGGAUGUUUACCUGUUGCCUGUAAAUAUUCCAGCCAUGGGUUCGUCAAGCCCGGUCAGUGCCGGAGGUGCUAGUGCUGGUGAUGUUAGUGCCAUCAUCAGCACUACUUCUGGCCCAAUGACCAGUGUCAGCAACAGCAGCACAAGUGGAGUUGCUGCGGGAGGGGGUGGAGGUGGUAUUGCAGUUGGCAUAACCACACUACCAAGCAGCAGUUUUGUCGGUGGCAGCUCCCGUACAGCACGCAGUGAAUUUCGCGGCGGGGAAGUGGGUGUUAGUGGAGGUGGUACCACAAGAUCAGCCGGCAACUCGCCAUUUCAUGAUUGGGACUCAAGCGCUACCGGCGGAAAUGGCAGCAGCAGCAGCAGCACUCGCAGCAGUAGUGGUGGUGGAGGAACCACUGGUGCGGGCAACGACGCCACCGGCACGUCGAGCGCAAAGGCCAGCUUCUACUUUGAGGCAUCAUCCUUCAGUUUGCGUAGCAGGAAGGAAGUCGCUGCGCUUAUCAAUACGGAAUGCUGCCGUGGAAGCCCAACGCCAGAUUUGGAUUCAAUUAUGGAUACUAUUUUUAAUCCGGGCACCCCUAUUGAUAAUCCCGAUAAUAUUGAGUGGAUACGUUGGCUAAUUGCCGGUGGACGUACGCCGCAGGAGUUUGUUAAAAUUGUCCGCAGCUACGAUAAUCACGCUAAAUGCGGUCUGGUCUGGGUACCCCAUGUGGUCGCCUAUCGAUGUCGAACGUGCGGCAUUUCGCCCUGCAUGUCCAUCUGCCGUGAUUGUUUUAAAAAGGGUAAUCACACCAACCACGACUUCAACAUGUUUUUAUCGCAGGCUGGAGGUGCUUGCGAUUGUGGCGACACAUCUGUGAUGAAAGCCGAAGGUUUCUGCAGUGAUCAUGGCAUUAAUAACCGUGUGAAUCGUGAUCCAGUCCCGAACAAUUUGCUUGCCGUGGCCGAAGCCAUUAUGCCCAAGCUUCUGUUCCGACUAUUGCAGCAUUUUCGGGAGCAUAGCGAUGCUUCGAUCCAGACCCAUGCCAUGACCUCUUAUUCAUGUGAGGAGUUUGCCAACAUGCUCAUUGAUUUGAAUAAUAUGGGCGAGAUUAUGAGAAAGGUGAUGACGCGCACAUUGAUCAACCCGGAGGUCUAUUCAUAUUUCAUGGACAGUCCGUGUCCGGAUAAUCGCAAUGGGCGCUUUCUCAAAGCCAAUCGCGAGAAAUAUGAGGAUGCUGUGAAUCGAUUCCCCAAUCCUGAGCCGCCAGAUGAAUAUCGUGAUUUGCCGGCGCUGGGCGAGAAACUUGUGCACACCACACUGCUGGAGGAGUUCAUUUUCUGGACAUUUAAAUUUGAGUUCCCACAGACGUUGGUGUGUUUCCUGCUAAACAUGUUGCCCGAUCAGGAUUACAAGGAGCAUCUAACACGCACAUUCGUCAUGCACUACAGCCGCAUUCCGUCCGUGCUGGAGAUGUCUCGUGAUCCCGACACGCUCAGCAACCGAGUAGUCCACAUGAGCGUCCAACUAUUCUCCAACGAGAGUUUAGCCCUUAAAAUGGUCAACGAACUGUCACUUUUGCACGUUAUGAUCAUCAGUUUGAAGCUGAUGAUGUCAAAGAUUCUCAUACAGAAUACGCUGCAUGACCCCAGCAAAAAUUUCCAUUUCGUCAUCGAUUGCACGCGCCAGGUGAUGAAGGAUCAUUGCUAUUGGCCGCUUGUCUCGGACUUUAAUAACGUGCUGUCGCAUGAAUCGGUAGCUUUAGUAUUUCUACGCGACGAUAAUCUUAUCGAUAUGUGGUUCCAGUUUCUUCAAAUGCUCCAGGGCAUGAACGUUAAUGUGCGCGAGACAGCCUCGCAUGUAGAAUUCGAACCGAAUUCAUAUUAUGCUGCUUUCUCAUGCGAACUGGAGGCCAGCGCCUAUCCAAUGUGGUCUAUAAUUUCUCAUCUCCAGGAUGGCACGCAUGCGCAUCUGGCCAAAAAGAUUAUUACUUAUUGCCUGAAUACGCUGCACGAAUGGUUGGACUCCAUUUACUUCAUGGAACCAAAGCUGUCAUUGGAGGAAAUGAUGCAGGCCUCAUUUCAUUUUCCACUGCACCGCUAUCUGGCGGCCUUCGUGUGCCAAGCUGUCACCAAAAUGGGCAUGAGUUUGACCGAUGUUUUACCAUCACGGCCAUACUUAUUGCCACUGUUGAUGAUACAUCCAUUGCGUGUACAGAGCUUUUUCUAUGAAAUCCUUGCCGGUAAAUGGGUGCGAAAUGGCCUUCAAAUCAAGGGACAGGCCAUGACCUACAUACAGGCGAACUUUUGUAAUUCAAUGGCGGACAUGGAUCUGUUUUUUCUGCAGAUAUGUGCAACGAAUUUGCCACAAUAUUUCUUUCUUCAGAACACCAUUGAGCUCUUCGAUGUGGGCCAGUGGUUGGAGACGGCACCGCUUAAGCAGCCCCAGAAGGCGGAGCAAUCCUCGAUGUUAGAAGGUUUUCUUACAUUCCUGGCCACACUGGUGACCAGUCGCACCAAUCUUGGCAACGACGAGGCCACUCAAUGCAUUAUUGAGAUAAGCGCAUUGCUGGCCACCGAAAAUAAGACGCACUCCCAACUACUCGAACUGAUGCCCGAACGUUCGGGUAAUGUGCAUACAAAGAAUUUUGAGACUUUUCUCAAGAAGCUAUCCGUUUAUAAGGCGCCAUCGUCUGGCUCGGAGAAUCUGGAGCAAGGUCUAUUUACGCCAAUCGAUGAAGUUUGGGAGAAAUACUACGAUCCGUUGCAUGUGCUACUACGUGCCGUGCAUAGGCGAGAUUUUCAAUCCUCUCUGGAUCGUUUUACCAAUUACGUUAAGUCGAAGAAUAAAAUGCCCGCGAGUGGAAAUCUGUGGCCACCAUUCCGUCUGCCAUUGCCGGUGGGGUCGUCGUUUAGUGACCCCUGCCGCAUACUCAAUUCCCGCGUCUUCCACUCGACAAUAUUGUCGAUAUUUUUCCGUGCUGUGCACACACGUGACGUCUCCGAGCACCUGCUGGCUCUUGCCGUCUUCUUGCUUGAGAUUGCCGUUGAGACGAGCUGUGACAUUAAUGCGACGGGGGACAAGCCGGCGACGAUGGUCGAAUGCGAACCAAAGCACAAAUCAGGUUUUCUUUAUGGCAACCGCCGUGAGCCGCCCAAGCUGUUCCAAUGCUAUCCCACAGAUAAUCUUAGCUGCAAUUUGCGCUAUGUAGUCAAUAAGGUGUCGCUGAAGUCGCGCGACCCGCAGGUAACCACCUCCAGCUAUCGCUCCAAUCCCUUUUACUCAGAUCUCGAUUUCGAUGUUGAGACUGAGACGGAGUCGGCGUUGCGCAUGAUUGGCGAUUCGUUUGGACAGGAUGAUUUCGAUGAGUCCGCAGGUGCAAUGAGUGUUACACGUCCGCGAAAUGUCUCACAAGCUCUGGUCCCGAUGCGUAUGCCCGGCAUGGAAGUGGCAUUGCCACCAGAUUUUUCUGUGGUGGCCGAAACGGGUGUGGUUAUACGCCAAGAUAGCAACGAGGAUGAACUGCUGCGGGAUGGAGACAACGCCAUGGACAUGAGUCCAGCCGCGCUGGACUUUCACUUUCCGUUGCAGCAGAUCACGCUGCCGGAGAGUGGCAUGGAGGUGGCCAUUCGCCGUGAUUUGCUCCUAGCUGAGACCAACAAUGGUGAGCGCCGUGGCUUGGGUGGCAUUACUGGCGCCGCUGGCGGUGGUGGUACAGGCAGUGGUGGUGGCGGUAACAAUGGUAGUCGUGAUAUAGCCCCUCGUCCCAACGAAAUGUUUUCACCCACUACGCCGACAGGCAGCGGUAUGCUGUUGCCUUUCCAGCGUGUGCAGCCCGUUGCUAUUCCGAGCAGUGGCAAUAUGGAUAUCGUGCCCUCGAAUGCGCUCGGUAGUGGCGGUUUCUCUGGCACGGGACGUGGGCGCAGAGUCCACUUUGAUACAGGAGCACGUAAGCGUUCCGUAGACAUUGCCAUCGGUGGCAGCAAUAAGGACGAGCUUUCCAUGGACGAGAGCAUACUAUCGCUGCUGUUGAAGAUGCACUCACAGCUAAGCGGCACCUUGGACAGCUUCUCGUUAAGUGACGGCGAGGAGGAGCCGGAGCAAAAUAGCGCUAUGGAAAUGGACUUUAAUGAGGCGAGCACAUCUAGUGCGGCGGCGGCUAGUGCAAGCAGUGCUGGUGUUGGUGCCAAUGCCAGUGCCGCUUCCGAUUCCACAGCGUUGGCAGAACGCGGCCGUGUUAGACGCAACUACAAGAACAUACACGUUUCGCCAUCACGCAUUGGCGAUGGGCCCUUCUUCAUAGGAAACUUGCUGCGCAAGAUUGCGAAACGUGACGAGCUGUGUGCCCAAAAUAUUGACGACAUUCGCGCUCGCCUCUGGCCCAAUCAGAGAGAGAAGCAAGCUGAGGCAAAAGCGCGCGAAACCAAGGAGAAGGAGGAGAGGCGGAAAAAGGCACGCGAGCGACAGCAGAAGAUGAUGCAGGACUUUGCCAAUAAACAAAAGCAGUUUAUGCAAUCGGCUGCAGCGGCUGCCAACGAUAUGGACUACGGUCUGGGGGAUGAGGACGAGGAGGAAAUGUAUGAGGAGCAACCGCGUGAGAAGGAAUACGACUGCAUCAUUUGCAAUUGCACCACGCCCAGCACUGAAAAUAAUCCCAUUGGCCUGGUGAUCUUGGUCGAGUCAAGUGGCAUUGUGGGUCAUAGGCGUCGCGUAGCGGAACGCCUUCCACUGCCGCUAAACGCAGAGGAUGAGGAACGUUUGGCGCACACCACGCGCCUAGCCACUGAAUUUGGACGUCGCACCGACCUUCUCAGCUUGAAGUUUGGCGAUGAGUCGUGGUACCUGUCUAAUAAUAUGGCCUACGACAACGGUGUGCAUGUGCAGUCCUGUGGCCAUCAUGUGCAUCUAAGCUGUCUGGAGGCUUAUCUAAAAACACUGUACAACACGCAGCGGCAACCGGUACAGGACCGUGGCGAAUUCUAUUGUCCUGUCUGUCGGCAACUGUCCAAUUCAGUGCUGCCUCUCAGUCCACAACUGGAUCGUCCCACGCAUUUGGUGCGCUCCGGAAAUAGGCCAUUUGAGCAGCUAGUCGCCGAUCUAACAAGUUUGAUCAAGGAGAACGAAACAAUACCGCUUCCCGCACAGCUACCCUCCAAAUUGACGGAAGCAAUGGGCCAUGCCAUGGAGGUGAUGACGAAUAUAGCCCAGCGAAAAGUGAAAAGCGCCUCGACCACGUUUCGAAAGCUUUUCAUCUUCGUAACCUCAAUAGCACGCACCAAUCUAGAGGCGGAGAUCAUUCAACGAGGUGGUUCCCUUUGCUCAAACAAUACCACACGAUACAAACCGAAACGGGACUGCAUUGUCCCUCUCCUGCAUGUUCUCUCUGUGCAUGUACGUGUCCUGGUCGAGUGGCCAUUGUGGAGUUCGUGGGCUUCUCUAGCUGGUCUGCCUGUGAAGGAUACAGAGCCGCUACCGGCUCAUUGCCUUGAGCUCAUACCUAGUCUGCUGGCAGAUCCCAUUGCUGUGCUUCUCAAGUUUAUAUUGCUGGCGCCCUUGCACUUGGAUCAAGACUACUUCACGUGCAUGGUGAAGGUCAUGUAUAAUCUGCUCUAUUAUCAGAUUGUCGUUCAACUAUGCGUCACACUCACCGAUCUCGAAUGCGAGCACAUUCUGGCCAACUACAACAAUGCCACGGAUGGUAAAACAUCCUCGAAUGUUGUUGGUAGCCAUACUGGCUCUUGCUCUGAUGGAACGGGUGCUACCUCUGGCUCUGCCUCUGCUUCUGCGUCCACCUCCACAUCCAGCCCAAUGGCGAGCAAUCGUCGGAGCAGCUCGUCGCGGUUUAGUGCACAACAAAGCAUGUCGUACUUGGGUCGUGCCAUGGCUUUGGUGUUAAACCAAACGAAUCGAUUGUCCCAUCUGCGACGCGACAGCAUCUUGAGUACCUCGAGCGCCUCCACCAGCGCCUCUGCCGCAGCUGCAGCGAACAGUGCCAGCAGCGUGGAUGCCGACAGCCAUGUGGAGGUUAAUCUUAAGUCAAUGGAACUGCAAUUGCAAUCCCUAUGUUUGCCAUUCUUGCGCAUUGCCGCGCUCUUGCGUCAGCAUCUCUAUCGCCACGAAAUGCCAGAGAUUUCGGCGCCUGGCUUAGAGUUUGUACGCCUCGUCUAUUAUCUGGAAUUGGUCACUGACUCCAUGGACUGGGAUUGCUUUAAUGCCUCCAAGGGUCUUUGCUUCAUACCAGGCACCGAACAGACAUUGCCACAGUUCUGGUGCAACCAACUAAUGGAUGUACGUCCGCCAACAGAUACAGUACGUGAAUUGGUGCUCAUCAAUCAGCAUUCAUUGUGGCAGCAGCCGCGCCUCCUGGAGCUACCACGCGAGUACGAGCGUCUUUUUACGUACUAUCACGAGCGUCCGUGCCUAAAUUGCUACAAGGUGCCCAAGGAGAGCUCCAUUUGCCUGCUAUGCGGUACCAUCGUGUGUCUCAAACAGAACUGCUGCUCCGAGAACGAAUGCUGUGAGGCCGUGCGCCAUACUCUCUCUUGUGGCGGCGGCAUUGGCAUCUUUCUGGUGGUCACCUCCACUUAUAUAAUAGUCAUACGUGGUCGCCGCGCCUGCCUUUGGGGCUCACUCUAUCUGGACGACUUCGACGAGGAGGAUCGUGAUCUUAAGCGUGGCAAACCUCUAUACUUGAGCCAGGACCGUUUCAAUUUACUCGAAUCCCAGUGGCUAUCCCAUAAGUUCGCGCACACAAAACACACGUGGGUGUUCCAUCGUGAUCUCUUGUGAAAUAUGGAAGAUUUAUUGCGUAGCAUACAGGAGUUGGUUGGACAGAUCUAAAUGGCCAAUAUAUAGAGAUAUAGAGAACGUUAAGCUAACUGUGUGCUUGCUUUGUUUGUCGUUUAAUGGCUAAUGCACGAUCAGAUCAGAACUCGUCGCCGUUCCAUACACACAUGCAUAUGUCUUUUUUAUACAUACAUAUAUUUAGAUGUAUAUGUAUAUGUUUUUGUUUGUUUUUUUGUUCUACACCAAGUAAAAAGUUUAAUGAACUCUUCUGAUGCACAAAAAACGAUGUUUCAAAGACUCUCUUUAAACAGUUGCUUCGCUGAUGAUGAUGCUGACGAUGACGAUGACGAUGAUAAGGGAAAUAAUAGGGAAAACAUCCAUAAAUAGUGAUAUAUAGAAAUUUAUGUAUAUUACCAACUCCUAUAUUCGCAUGUAAAAAUAAUAAUAAUGAGAAUAGCAACAAAUUGAAAUUA